GAUCCAAAGUGCAUAUUUCAUCACCUCCUCCCUAGCCUACGUGCCCUUAUUCAAAGUUAGAGAUGGGGUACCCAUUGAUUAAAGCUAAAGGGUAUUUUUGUCACUUUAAAGUAUAAAGAUAUAUAGAGAAUCAACUUUAUCUUUCCCCCUAAUCUCAAAAUCCCAACUCUUUUUCCAAACAAGUGUACAACUUUUUAAGCACAAGUUACAACUUUUCAUGCAUGAUGUACAUUCCUUGUUUGUUUAAAACUUUAAAUAGCUCUAUGGUAAUAAAACUCUCUUUGUGUAAAGAAGUUGUUGAUCGACACUGGAAUUACCAAUUCCAUUCCUCCCUUUUUCCAUUCCUACCACUUUUAGAGAGAGAAAGAGAGGAGAGAGAGAGAAAGAGAAAGGGGAAAGAAAUAAAGGAGGGGUUUAGCUUCUUCCUUGAAUUUCAAGACUCUCUUUGAAGAUGUAUGAUUCUUUAAGCCUUCAAGUUUCUCAGAUUCCCUUCACUUUUCCAUUCCUUUUCAAGCAACCCAUUUCAAUUCCACCCCAUAAAUCCUUUUGUUUCUUCUUCUACAAAUCAUACCAACAACCCAAUUCCCCUUGAAACAAAAGAAAAAAAACAAAAACAAAAACCCACUAAACAUGUUGUCCUUGUUUGUCAUAAUCACCACACUCUGGCUUUCAAUUCCCUCCUCUGUUUCCACUGAUUUUGAUACCUUAAUCACUCUCAAACAAGGCUUUGAUUCCAUUCCUUUUGCUCUCCACACUUGGAAUUCCUCUAACCCCAACUCCCUUUGCUCAUGGGUCGGAAUCAAAUGCUCCAAAAACCGAGUCAUCUCACUCAACUUAUCAAAUUUGAGAAUCCACGGCUCUGUUUCCCCUGUUUUUACCUCUCUAGACCGCCUCGUCGAGCUUUCGCUCGAUGGCAACAACUUCACCGGCCACUUCAACCCCUCCAAUCUAACCGCCCUUCGGUUUCUAAACAUUUCUAAUAACGCAUUCGAAGGGGCGUUAGAUUGGAACUACUCAACUUUACUAAAGCUUGAAGUUGUUGAUGUGUACAAUAAUAAUUUCACUGCUCCCCUGCCUACCCAAAUCACAAAUUUAAACAAGCUCAAAUACUUGGAUUUAGGUGGGAAUUACUUCUACGGGACAAUCCCGAAACAAUUCGGCGAAAUGAUCACUCUAGAGUACUUAUCACUCGCUGGAAAUGAUCUCCAUGGAACAAUUCCUGUAGAAUUGGGUAAUCUAACAAACUUGAAAGAAAUCUACAUGGGUUAUUUCAAUGUGUUUGAAGGUGGGAUUCCAAGGGAAUUUGGAAAGCUGGUUAAUCUAGUUCAUAUGGAUCUUUCUUGGUGUGAAUUAGAAGGCCCAAUCCCACCUGAGCUUGGGAAUUUGCAGUCGUUAGACACGAUUUUCCUUCAUAUUAAUCGGCUUUCCGGUUCCAUUCCUAAGCAGCUUGGGAAUCUAACGAGCUUGGUGAAUCUUGAUCUCUCUGCAAAUUCGUUAUCCGGUGAAAUCCCGAAUGAGCUCGGUAACCUCAACCGGCUUAAGCUUUUGAAUCUUUUCAUGAAUAGAUUACACGGGUCCAUACCGGAUUUUGUAGCAGAGUAUUCGGAGUUGGAGAAGCUGGGAUUAUGGGGGAAUAAUUUCACCGGUGUGAUACCCGAGAGUCUUGGAAGGAAUAGGAAGCUUCGGGAGCUUGAUUUGUCGUCGAAUAAGCUCACCGGAAGUAUCCCUCAGGAUCUUUGUGCUUCUAAUGAGCUUAGGAUCUUGAUUCUGCAGAAGAAUUUCUUGUUUCGGUCGAUUCCGGAGGGUUUGGGUUCGUGUUCGAGUCUUGUUAGAGUGAGAUUAGGGGAGAAUUACUUGAAUGGUAGCAUUCCGGAUGGGUUGGUUUACUUGCCGGAGUUGAAUUUGCUGGAGUUGCAGAAUAAUUACUUGUCAGGAAAUCUGUCAGAAAACCGGAAUCCGGGUUUGGGGCCGGUUAAGUUGAGUCAACUUGAUUUGUCGAAUAAUCAACUUUCGGGUUCUUUACCGUUUUCUAUUUCGAAUUUUUCUUCCCUCCAAAUCUUAUUAGUGGCCGGAAACAGAUUCUCAGGAUCUAUUCCGGCCACUAUUGGUCAACUUCACGAGGUUUUAAAGCUCGACUUGAGUGGGAAUUCGCUUUCUGGCGAAAUCCCACCUGAUAUUGGAAACUGUGUUCAUCUUACUAAUCUUGACUUGAGCCGGAAUAAUCUUUCCGGCUCGAUUCCAAUAGAGAUUUCGAAUAUUCGAAUCUUAAAUUACUUGAAUGUGUCGAGGAAUCACUUGAGUGAUUCUAUUCCAAAGACUAUUGGAACCAUGAAAAGUCUCACGAUUGCGGAUUUUUCAUUCAAUGAUUUGUCGGGUAAAAUACCCGAAACCGGUCAGUUCUCAUUUUUUAAUGCCUCUUCGUUUGCGGGCAACCCUCAACUUUGUGGCGAGUUGUUAAACAACCCUUGUAAUGCUAGCAGAAUCACAGAUUCCGCUAACAAAAAGCCUACAAGGUUCAAAUUGAUAUUCGCCCUCGGCCUUCUUAUUUGUUCACUAGUAUUUGCGGCUGCGGCUAUGAUGAAAGCCAAGUCAUUUAGAAGAUCGAGUCCUGACGCUUGGAAGAUGACAUCCUUCCAAAAGCUCGAUUUUACAGUUUCCGAUGUUUUAGAAUGCAUCAAAGACGGUAACGUGAUAGGCCGAGGUGGAGCUGGGAUCGUCUACCAUGGUAAAAUGCCAAACGGGACCGAAAUAGCCGUAAAAAAGCUUGUUGGUUUCGGAAACACAAGCCACGACCAUGGUUUCCGAGCCGAGAUCCGAACUCUCGGCAACAUUCGACAUAGAAACAUAGUGAGACUAUUGGCAUUUUGCUCCAACAAAGACACCAACCUUUUGGUAUACGAGUACAUGCGAAACGGGAGUCUAGGAGAGGCGCUACACCCGAAAAUCAAAGGCAGCGGGAUUCUAGGAUGGCAUUUACGAUACAAAAUAUCAAUAGAAGCCGCUCUAGGGUUGUGCUACCUCCAUCACGAUUGUUCACCAUUGAUCGUGCAUAGAGACGUGAAAUCGAAUAACAUUUUACUAAACUCGAGCUACGAGGCUCACGUUGCUGACUUUGGACUCGCCAAGUACCUAGUCGAUGGCGGUGCAUCCGAAUGUAUGUCGGCUAUCGCGGGGUCAUACGGUUACAUCGCUCCCGAAUAUGCUUACACGUUAAGGGUGGAUGAAAAGAGUGAUGUUUAUAGCUUUGGGGUUGUGCUACUUGAGCUGAUUACUGGAAAACGUCCGGUAGGGGGAUUUGGUGACGGUGUAGAUAUCGUACAAUGGACUAAGACAUUAACGAGGUGUCGAAAAGAAGAAGUCAGUCGCGUCAUUGACCAAAGGCUCGUCAACGUUCCUCAAGACGAAGCGAUGCAUUUGUUUUUUAUAGCUAUGUUGUGCAUUCAAGAAAAUAGCGUUGAAAGGCCGACAAUGAGAGAAGUGGUUCAGAUGCUCUCGGAAUUCCCACGAGACUCGUCGGAGAAUAAAUCUUCAUCGUCAUCCGUUGUUUUUCUUCAACCAAAAAAAGUUGAUAAAGACAUAACGUACUCAAAGCUCGGACACGAUCUAUUGGUUUAGAAAGUUGGGAUUUUGUUGGUUCAAAAUUGGUUUGGGUUUUUGUUUACAAAACGUGAUAUGUGAUAAAAGUUAUCAUGUUUUCUUUUUCAUGUGCUCCUUUAUUAAUUAGAACAAAACGGGAGUAAAUUAGUAAAUGUAGUUGGUUAUAGAGGUGAACUUUGAGUAGAUAUAAGAGAACCUUCGAAUCUUCAUGUGUAUUCUUUUUGUUUAUAUGCAUGCUAAUCUAUGUAUGUAUUUCUUCUA